CCGGUCCCACCCGCCUCCUCGUUAACGAGAACCACAAAGCAAACGCAGUCAUUCGAUUACCAGGAAACAUCCUAAAUAGCAGCGAGUCCUCGUUGAAACUUCUGACUCGAAUCGAAUGGCUCGAACCACGACUCGUUGUUGCCGUGGCCGUAGAAGACGAAGACAUGACCCACCGCCUCUCUGUCUCCAGAACUUUUUUCAUACAUUUGGUCGGCGAAACUACCAGAACUGCUUAUAUAAACUCCAAUACCCUUUGCUCCCGGAUACUUUCUUACUCUUUAGUUGCCUUACAAAACCCAAAACCCUAUUUCAAUUGUUGAAACAUUUCUGACCGGAAUGAAUCCUGGAGACGAAGAGUUCCCUAAAUCUCCUCCUAAACCGGACACUGACAUCGUUGAUUGUCCUUCGACCCAAUCAGUGACGGCACCGUUUUCUUCACCGCCCUUAAUGGAUUCUCUACUUAUUGACUCUACAUUGAUGGAAUUCAAGGCGUUCGAUACGAGCCCAUCGGGCGGCGAGCGGGUUCCGGCAACUAUCAGUGGCGCAGAAGAGAACAUUGGGGUGCCUCAGCCGAUGGAAUGCUUGCAGGGGAACCCGAUACCGCCUUUCCUGUCUAAGACGUUCGAUUUGGUGGAGGAUCGAUCCUUGGACCCGAUAAUCUCCUGGGGAUCUACUGGGGAGAGCUUCAUUGUUUGGGACCCUGUGGAGUUCGCGAGGCUUGUACUGCCAAGGAAUUUCAAGCACAACAAUUUUUCCAGUUUUGUGCGCCAGCUUAAUACUUAUGGGUUCCGCAAGACUGACACUGAUAGAUGGGAGUUUGCCAAUGAAGCAUUUCAACGUGGCAAGCGGCAUCUACUGAAGAACAUGCAAAGGCGCAAGUCACCUCAGUCCCAGCAGGUGGGGAGCUAUCUUGGGAAGUCUUCAGAGGCAGAGAAGUUCAGAUUGGAAGGGGAUGUAGAGAGACUGAGAAAGGAGAGGAGUAUGAUGAUGCAGGAGGUUAAAGAACUGCAACAGCAAAACCAAGGGACAGUCCAACAUGUGGAAGCAGUGAAUAAGAGGCUUCUGGCAGCAGAGCAGAGACAGAAGCAGAUGCUUUCAUUCUUGGCGAAGCUGUUUCAGAACCCAGCUUUCUUAGCCCGCCUUCGUCAAAAGGGAGAACCAGAAAGUCUCGGUUCUCCUAGGAUGAGGAGGCAGUUUGUUAAACACCAGCAACAUGAACCAGGCCAAUCAGAUGCAUUCUUGGAAGGGCAGAUUGUGAAGUACAGACCUGAGGGGCAAAACCUUCCCAUGUCUCCUAUGCUUCCCGGUUUCAAUCCAUUUGCUGUCAAAGAGUCAUCUGAAUUUUACUUACAAGGUACAGACAGGAUGGGUUCUGGUGUAGAAAGCAUUCCAUAUCAAAUUGAGAAUGUUGAAUCAGAUGAACUAGCCAUGCCAGGGGAGUUGCAGGUACCAAAGGGAUUUAUGAGAACCCCAGAACCCUUUAAAGAAGGCACGUCAAGUUUUGGAACUGAAGAUCCACAUUUUAAAGGGAAGAAUGUGAUGAGCACUGAACAAGAGUUUAGUCCCGAGUAUUUUCCUGAGUUCUCAUCUCCUGGAACUGAAAGCAUCAUUAAACAAGAGGAUGUAUGGAGCAUGGGUUUUCACACCAGUGCUGGUAUGUCUAGCUCUAGUACCGAGUUAUGGAGUAAUCUAGUCAGCUACGAUACGCCUGAGUUGGGGCUGACAAGCGAGCUAACAGAUAUCUGGAAUUUAGGUCCUAUACAAGCAGCUGGAGGUGCUGCCAUUGAGAAAUGGCCAGCUGUUGAAAACCCCUUCAAUGAACCUGAGAGCCAUUCUGGCCAGCAAAAAGAUGAUAGAUCUAAGAGUACAGAUCCAUAGGGCACCAUUUACUUACUUUGGCACUUGCUUUCCGUUUGGAUUUUACUUGUUCUAGGUUAUGGCAUCAAUCCACUGAACAUUUGUUAUAAUAUAUGAUUGAUUCUUCUCUGGUUAUAAAAUUUCAUUCUUUCUAAA